AUGGGUGAAAAAAUUCUACCACUCUACUUCAACCUACUACCACAAAAACCCCGUUUACCUAGUAUACCGCAAAACUUAAACUCAGCUACUCAAUACUUAUUCCCUUGCAAUCCCAAAGACUCCACUGAAUUUCGCCACUUUGUUGAGGUCCUUCGCCAACACUAUAGUUUUAAAUGUGUUCCCUCUGACUUUUUUGUGCAAAAACAGCCUCUUCCCCAAAAUCCAACACAAGUAGCUACUUCAAAAAAAUACUCCUUCUCUAUCAAUGACCCAAUGCUAGCAAAAGAGUUUCUGACAGCUAUUCAAAACAAAUACUGCUUUACUCUACCUCUUCCCGAGCAAUACAUAAUAGUCAACUCUACAAACAAACCAGAACUACCCUUGAUUGCUGAUGAGGUAAAGCUGGUCAACAUCACCACACCUAUUACAAGCCUCAGAGUCUUAGUUGAAACUGCACGCCUCUUAAGAGAAUACUACUACUUCAAACAAAUCUCAGCUAACUGGGUCAACAUCCCACAAAAAGCCUCAAUUGAAACAGAUUGUUCCUCUCUACUAUCCACACUUGAUGAAAUCAGAGCCAUAAUUAAUUAUAUAUCUACACCCGAACCAAUUAUCCUACUAGCUACUUCUCAACAAGAAAGGGGUUCUCCCCAUAUCAUCGAUAUCUCUGAACUCCCUGUAUCUAAAUGGGAACUUUUUAAUAAUUACGUCCCUGAUGA